UCUCUUUACCUUACUUCUUUUUAUAUCAUUUCAAAUUUUGGCAAGAGAGCAAAGAUCCAGGGGGAUUUAGGGAAAUCUUCGUUAUCUCCCCGGGGCCGUCAUUCAUUUAACAGAUUCUCUCUCUCUCCGGCGCUUUUCGGGUGCCUGGAAGUGGACAGUAGGACUGCACAGAGAAAUGGACCCAGCACAGGGCCCGGAUCUGUACGAUUAAAUAUCAAGAAAUGUAAACUAGAUGUAGCAGUUUCUUGACAUGGAGAACCAGGCCCAUAAUACAAUGGGUUUCAGAUAUUUUUCAACUUAUCCAGAUGUAACUCCACUAUAAAAUGAGGAGCAUCUGUAAAGGGGCAAGUCGCCACAUUGAGAAAUUUGGAAGGAAAACGGAAAUUUACCCCCUACGCUAGCAUACACAACUGAGCUUCUCCUUGUGAGGCUGAGCUUCAGGAAUUAAUGGAACAAAUCGACAUCAUGGUAAACAAUAAAAAAUUGGACUGGGAAAGAAAGAUGAGGGCUUUGGAGACACGAUUAGAUCUUCGAGAUCAAGAGCUGGCAAAUGCACAAACUUGUUUGGAUCAGAAAGGUCAAGAGGUAGGGUUACUUCGACAGAAGUUGGACAGUCUGGAAAAAUGUAAUUUAGCAAUGACUCAGAAUUAUGAAGGACAACUACAAACUCUAAAAGCUCAAUUUUCCCAACUAACAAACAGCUUUGAAAAACUGAGAUUACAUCAAGUGAAACAAAACAAAAUUCACCGAAAAGAAUUGUUUCACAAAGAAGAAAUACCCUUUGAACUGAGCAAUUUGAACCAGAAAUUAGAGGGAUUUAGAUCAAAGUCAAGAGAAUGGGACAAGCAAGAGAUACUGUAUCAGACUCAUCUGGUUUCUUUAGAUGCGCAACAAAAAUUAUUAUCUGAAAAGUAUAAUCAAUUUCAGAAACAGACACAAAAUUAUGAAACUCAACUAAAUGGUAAAAAACAGUGCAUUGAAGACAGCAGCUCUGAAAUUCCUAGUUUGAUAUGUCAAUCAGAUCCCGGUUGUGAAACCAGUGAAAGAGAUGAAUUCAUUAUUGAAAAAUUAAAAUUGGCUGUGAGUGAAAUAGCAUUAAGCAGGAAUAAGUUACAAGAUGAAAAUCAGAAGCUUUUACAAGAACUGAAAAUGUACCAAAGACAGUGCCAGGCCAUGGAAGCAGGACUCUCAGAGGUGAAAAAUGAGCUACAGUCACGUGAUGAUCUCUUGAGAAUUAUAGAAAUGGAACGAUUGCAGUUACACAGAGAAUUAUUAAAAAUAGGAGAGUUCCAAAAUCCUCAAGAAAAUAAGAAAAGACUUGAAUCAUCUUAUUCACCUUCUAUUGAAGAAACAGAAAGGAAAAAGAGAGAGCUAUGUUUGAUAGUCCCGGAUGAACCAAAUCAAGAAAAAAAAUCACCCAAGAUAAGAAGCCAUCUCUGUCAGGAGGAAGAGUACCAGAACUCUGAGCAGGAAAGAAUGAGAAAUGAAAUCUCUGACUUAACAGAGGAGCUUCAUCAGAAGGAGAUCACUAUAGCAACUGUGAUGAAGAAAGCUGCCCUUCUGGAAAGACAGUUAAAGAUAGAAUUAGAAAUAAAAGAAAAAAUGUUAGCAAAACAACAGUUCUCAGAUAUGCGAUAUAAAGCUGUCAGAAUGGAAAACACACAUCUGAAAGGAAUGAUGGGAGAUUUAGACCCUGGACGGUACAUGAGUAUGGACAUCACUAACAGGGCACAUUCAAGGCAUACAUCUAUUAGCAAACUGGAAUAUGAGAAUGAAAAGCUCCGAAGUGAUCUUGCAAAACUUUAUGUCAAUGGAAAAUCAGCAUGGCCUUAUCAGAAUACCCAUGAAGAAACAGAAAGAUGUGCCUAUCAAAGCCAAAUAAAAAUGGAAAAAAAUGAAGACAGACUUGGCCAAGAUAGUGAGACAAAUAGAAGCACAAUGCCACCACUGCCAUCUUUGACAUUCCAAACCAAAGAAAUAACAAGUCCAUUGGUUAGUGACGAUGAAGUAUUCCCACUGUCUCCCCCAGAUAUAUCCUUCCCAGCUUCUUUGGCUGCACAGCAUUUCUUACUGGAAGAAGAGAAGCGAGCAAAAGAACUUGAAAAGCUUCUAAAUACACAUAUUGAUGAACUACAAAGGCAUACAGAAUUUACUCUUAAUAAAUACACCAAACUAAAACAAAAUAGACAUAUAUGAGCUUUUAAACUUUCCCCUCCCACACCCAAAAAAAAGCUC